GAAGACUAGAACCAUUUCUCUCUCCUCCUUCAAAUCCCUAGAGAGAGAGGGAGAGAGAGAGAAAGAUGGUCUAGAGAGAGAGUAGUAAAACAGUCGCUGUCGUCGUCUUCGUUUCCUCCCUGUAUUCCGAGAGAAACCCUCCGAUCUGUUUCUCUCUCCCUCGUUCAACCGAGGGAUAGUUGUCGGAAGGGGCUCAAACAUGUCGUCUCUCAGCAGAGAGCUUGUGUUUCUUAUUCUUCAAUUUCUCGAUGAAGAGAAAUUUAAAGAUACUGUUCACAAAGUGGAGCAAGAGUCUGGGUUUUUCUUUAACAUGCGAUAUUUUGAGGAACUGGUGACAAACGGGGUUUGGGACGAGGUGGAGAAGUAUUUAUCUGGAUUCACAAAGGUUGACGAUAAUAGAUACUCCAUGAAGAUCUUCUUUGAAAUCCGAAAACAGAAGUACCUCGAAGCUCUUGAUAAGAAGGAUCGUGCUGAAGCCGUGGAAAUUCUGGUGAAGGAUUUGAAAGUUUUUUCAGCAUUUAAUGAGGACCUUUUUAAGGAAAUAACACAUCUUUUGACCUUGGAUAACUUCAGAGAUAACGAGCAGCUGUCUAAAUAUGGAGAUUCCAAGUCUGCUAGGGUUAUAAUGCUUGCUGAACUUAAAAAGUUGAUUGAGGCAAAUCCAUUGUUUCGCGAUAAGCUAACUUUUCCUAACCUGAAGAACUCAAGACUGCGGACGCUAAUUAACCAAAGCUUAAAUUGGCAGCACCAGCUUUGCAAGAAUCCCAAACCUAACCCUGACAUAAAAUCCCUGUUCGUAGACCACUCUUGUGGACAGUCGCAACCAAAUGGUGCUCGUGCCCCAUCGCCUGUAACUCAUCCACUAAUGGGUGCUGUUCCUAAAGCUGGGGGUUUUCCUCUACUGGGUGCUCAUGGUCCAUUCCAGCCAGCACCAGCUACCCUGCCAACAUCUCUUGCUGGAUGGAUGGCUAAUCCGUCUCCAGUUCCUCAUCCUUCCACUUCUGCUGGGCCCAUUAGUUUCAGUACACCUAAUAAUGCCGCAGCUAUUCUGAAGCGCCCCAGGAGUCCUCCAACAAAUAAUGCAGUCGACUAUCAGACAGCAGAUUCUGAACAUGUGUUGAAGAGAUCAAGACCGUUUGGAAUGUCAGAUGAAGUCAAUAAUCUUCCUGUAAGUAUUAUGCCCGUUGGAUAUGCUGCUCAGAGCCAUGGUCAGAGCUCAUACUCUUCUGAUGAUUUGCCCAAGUCUGUUUGGAUGACUUUAAAUCCAGGGUCAGCUGUGAAGAGUAUGGAUUUCCAUCCAGUCCAACAAAUUCUACUGCUUGUCGGAACAAAUACGGGAGACAUAAUGGUAUGGGACCUCAGUAAUCGAGAGAGGCUUGCUAUUAGGAAUUUUAAGGUCUGGGAACUUGGAUCAUGGUCGGUGACCCCUCAGGCAUCUCUAUCCAAUGAUCAUACUGCAUCAAUCAACCGGGUUAUAUGGAGUCCUGAUGGUACUCUUUUUGGUGUUGCAUACUCCAAGCACAUUGUGCACUUAUAUUCCUACCAUGGUGGCGGUGAUGUACAAAACCACCUAGAGAUUGAGGCGCAUUCUGGUAGUGUUAACGAUCUUGCGUUUUCUUACCCAAACAAACAACUUUGUAUUGUCACAUGCGGGGAGGAUCGGCUCAUAAAGGUGUGGGAUGCAGUUACGGGGGCUAAGCAGUACAGUUUUGAGGGCCAUGAAGCACCCGUCUAUUCAGUAUGUCCACAUCACAAGGAGAACAUUCAGUUCAUAUUUUCAACAGCAACUGAUGGGAAAAUAAAGGCGUGGUUGUAUGAUCACUUGGGUUCUAGGGUUGACUAUGAUGCUCCAGGGCAUUCAUCCACCACAAUGUCAUACAGUGCCGAUGGGACAAGGUUGUUCUCCUGUGGAACCAAUAAAGAAGGAGAUUCUUUCCUUGUGGAAUGGAAUGAAAGCGAGGGAGCUGUGAAGCGUACGUAUCAUGGUCUCGGGAAGCGAUCCACAGGGGUUGUGCAAUUCGAUACCACGAAGAAUCGAUUCUUGGCUGCUGGUGAUGAUGGCAUGGUCAAAUUUUGGGACAUGGACAAUGUGAACUUAUUGACAACCACUAAUGCUGAUGGAGGAUUACCGGCUUCUCCCUGUUUGCGAUUUAACAAGGAAGGGAUAUUGUUGGCUAUUUCAACCAAUGAGAAUGGUAUUAAAAUACUAGCAAAUAUAGAUGGGAUUAGGCUACUGCAGACACUCGAAACUCGUUCGUUUGAUCCUUCUAGAGCUGGAUCCUCAUCUGUCCUGAAGGCCUCUACAAUGGGAACGUUUGGUGCUAAUCCACCUGUCGGAUUGAGCAUCAUAGAUCGAUCUGCUCCAACAGCGUCCAUUGUUGCAAUGAAUGGUGAUAAUCGGGGUUUGUUAGACGUAAAACCCAGAGUUGCUGAUGAGUCAGUGGACAAAUCCAGGAUCUGGAAGCUGACAGAAAUUGGUGAACCAUCACAAUGCCGAUCCCUGAGGAUACCUGAUAAUUUGCCUGUAACAAAGGUUUGUAGGUUGAUCUAUACAAAUUCUGGAUAUGCCAUUUUGGCACUAUCAGCUAAUGCAGUGCAUAAACUCUGGAAAUGGCAGAGAAAUGAUCGGAACUCAACUGGCAAGGCAACUGCUAGUGUUGCACCACAGCUCUGGCAACCUCCAAGUGGCAUGUUGAUGACGAAUGAUAUAAGCGAUACAAACUCUGAAGAAGCUGUUUCAUGCUUUGCAUUAUCAAAGAAUGACUCUUACGUUAUGUCAGCUUCUGGAGGAAAAAUCUCGUUGUUUAACAUGAUGACGUUCAAGACAAUGACGACGUUCAUGCCCCCUCCGCCUGCUGCAACAUUUUUAGCUUUCCAUCCUCAAGACAAUAAUAUCAUUGCAAUAGGCAUGGAGGACUCUCUUAUCCAAAUCUACAAUGUUCGAGUUGAUGAGGUCAAAACCAAGCUCAAAGGCCAUCAGAAAAGGAUAACAGGCCUUGCCUUCUCUAACGUUCUCAAUGUUCUGGUAUCUUCUGGUGCUGAUUCACAGCUGUGUGUUUGGAGCACAGAUGGAUGGGAGAAGCAAGCAAGUAAAUACUUGCAGAUUCCAAGUGCACGAACCCCGUCUCGUCUAUCAGAUACGCGUGUACAAUUUCACCAAGAUCAGAUACAUUUACUGGUAGUCCAUGAAACUCAGAUAGCUAUAUAUGAAGCACCUAAGCUGGAAUGCCUUAACAAGUGGGUUGCUCUUGAAGCAAGUGGUCCAAUCACACACGCUACGUAUUCCUGUGAUAGCCAAUCAAUAUACAUCUGUUUCGAAGAUGGUAGUGUCUGUGUUCUAACUGCUUCAACCCUGCAAUUGAGAUGUCGAAUUAGCCCUACUUCCUAUCUACCUGCAAACCCUAGCUCGAGAGUGUAUCCUGUUGUCAUCGCUGCACAUCCUUCAGAACCCAACCAGUUUUCGUUAGGACUUAGCGAUGGUGGAGUCUAUAUCCUUGAGCCACUAGAAACAGAAGGGAAAUGGGGCACCUCUCCUCCCCUUGAAAAUGGUGCUGGCCCUAGCACCACCGCUGGUGCAACCAAUGCAGAUCAACCUCAAAGAUAAAAGUAUAUAAGAUAUAUGUGCUUGAACUUGACCGAGACUGUAGACUGUAUCUUUCACGCUGUUUCAAUCCCUGGUAGAAAUGGGCGCUUGAAGAAUUCUUUUUGUUGGUAUGUGAAGCUGCUAGUUUUAGGUUUCCGGUUGAAGUUAGUUCAUGGGACAUUAGUGGAAUCAACUUUAUUCAAAAUACUGGAGAUGGUCCUAAUUCUCCUCAUUGCACUGUUUUGGAAAGUUAGGAACUGCGAUAUAAGUUUAUGAGAGGGAUUAUUGAAAUAGAUCUCGAUCCCUCUUACAUUUUUAAAGGAACCGGGAAUUAAGUGAUGAAUUUGGCUUGGCUGAUGCCGCUGUGGUUUUUAUUUCCUUGUCUUUUUUCUCCUUAAGCUACCCAGAGAGGAUAUCUGUACAUAAAUUUGUUCUUUAGUAGUCAAUGAGUUUUCUGGAUCCUUCCCUCUUCAGGGUCUGUGUAGAUAUGAUCUUUCUAGUUUGUGAGUUGAAUUUGUUUUAUCUGUACUUUACAGUAUGGCGGAAGGGUUUUUUCUUUUGUUGGAAAGAAUGGGUUUACUAUA